AAAACGGAAGAAAAUAAAUUUAAAAAUCAAGACGCUGCUGCCCUCUUUCCCCCACUUUACCUCAAAGGAACUAAGAAUAACAACGAAACGGCAAAGCAAACAGAGCGUCGUUUGAUUCACAUAUCGCAAUUCGUCGUCGAACCGACAACACGUGCAACAGUUUUUAGUGACGCAUAAAAAUAUUACAAGUAUUUUACAAAUAAUCAAACAAUAUCUGUGAAUUAAAAGUGUAUUUUAUUAAAUAAAAUAAAAAAUGUCUGUAAUAAAACUUGAGAGCAACGACAAGCAGAUUUUCGAGGUUGAUAUUAAAGUUGCCAAGAUGUCGAUGACUAUUAAAACCAUGUUGGAGGAUCUUGGAUUGGGAGAUAGCGAUGACGAAGUGGUGCCUCUACCUAAUGUAAACUCGGCAAUCUUGAAAAAAGUUAUUGAAUGGGCUGAGCAUCACAAGGACGAUCCACCAGCUCCUGAAGACGACGAAACUCAAGAAAAAAGGAGCGAUGACAUCAGUGUCUGGGACGUAGACUUCCUGAAAGUUGAGCAGCCAACUCUCUUUGCCAUAAUCCGCGCUGCUAAUUACCUAGACAUCAAGGGCCUAAUGGACGUAACUUGCAAAACUGUCGCCAACAUGAUUAAAGGAAAGACUCCUGAUGAAAUUAGAAAGACUUUCAACCUGCCUCCAAUCAAAACUCCUGUUGAUAAGGACGAUGUCGUAAAAGCAAAAGAUGACUGGUCCAUGGAGAAGGAUACAGAGACGAACAAGGAGAAUAGUCAAUGAUAAAGUAACUUUUAAGUUUAAACAUAAUUUAUUAAUCAAAUAAUUUUUUUUUUCUUUUUUUUUUUUUUUUAUUAUUUAAUUGUAUUUUUCAUUACUUUUUUCUUAUAUUGCAAGAAAUUGUUUUGUUAUACGAAUAAGUAUUUAACAAAAAAUAUACAAAUAUAUGAUUACACGCGAUGACCAAUAAAUAUAAUAACUUAAUUUGUUGUUACAUGAAAUGAAAAUGAUUAUAAUUUUGGUAAUUGUACAGUGUUACAAUGUGGUAAAAUGAAAAAUUAC